ACUCCUCCAGUAGAUGAUACGUCCGGCAAAGCUUCAGUUGAUCAGGUGUUUUUGAAUGAGAAUCAGCCAGCACAACAAAGUGAUCUGAAUUAUUCUCGUAAUCAGCACACUUCUCAGCAACAAAUUUUACACAGUGAAGCACUUAAACCAACAAUUUUCGAGGACAGCGAAGGACUGCCAUCACCACCACCACCACAACUAGUCCCUUACCGUGAACAUUCGUCAUCUAGUGAGUCAUCCGAAGUGUGCGGUGAGGAAAGUUCGCGUCAGCUAUCGUGGCAAGAAGUUCAGCAACUCGUUUCACCUUCACCAUUGACCGUUAGAAGUGGCAUACGCACGCACACUUUAUAUACUGGUAGCGCACACUCGAAGGCUUAUUGUGAAGGAAGUGACGAUUGUUCAGUGCCUUCGAGAACAUCAUCUGAAGCAUCGAAAAGCUUUACAACGAUUGGAUGUUUGGUUAUAUUAGCCAUAUUCCUUUUCUUUGUUAUUCAAAACAUAGUCUCUUACAACAGAGGUGAUGCCACUUAUGAAGAAUUAUAA